AUGAGGCAAAUCAUCAGCUUCGACCGUGUCAAGCUGACCAACAACGAGAUGGACGACAAAGGACAUAUCAUUCUGCAGUCGAUGCACAAAUACAAGCCGCGGGUCCAUCUCAUCGUCCAGGACUGGCCGAAGGGGUCAAAAACCUUCUCGUUCAAGGAGACGGAGUUCACCACGGUGACGGCCUAUCAGAACCAGCAGAUAACAAAGCUGAAGAUAGACCGGAAUCCGUUCGCCAAAGGCUUCAGAGACCCCGGGAGGAACAGGUGA